AUGUUUGAAAACCGAAAUUGGAUUUUCCCUUAUUUUCCUCCUCUGUAUCAUAAGUCAUGUAGUCUAGGCCCUCUCUCUCCCCUCUUAUGAUAUAUCUCCGUAGUGCGGCACGAUGGGCUAAGGCGGAAGUAUGUUAGUUGGGGUAUGAUAGUCCGCAAGAGAGAUGCUGGGACGUUGCAGUUGGCGCUUGGAG